AUGAGGAUAAAUAAUUCCAGCCAUAACAUUACGAUCACCACAUGUGUGUUAUCGUGCUUGUUACUGGGCCUUUCUUUGGUGGCUACAGUUUAUUGUUUCGUGCCCAAUGAAAUAACAAAUGAAAAAAUUGACGAGCUACGAAACAAAAUGAGGAGACGAAAUAACUACCUUGAUGUGAAAACAAUGUAUGUACAACAAAAAGCAGAUAUGGACGCUACUGGAAAGAAGAAGAAGCUCUUUGACAGCAAAAACUGCAUAGAGUUUGCAGGAAAUUAUAUUUGGGAAUCUCAUGUGGCCAAGAGCCAAUUCGAUUCGCUACUUCAAACCAAGCAAACUCAACUUCAAAAUUUCUUGAGUCUCUAUUUGGAAACAGAAAAUAUCAUUGCUCUGGUACAAAACUCUGCAGACUACAUGAUUGAAGACGUUACCACCUUUGUAAGGAGUCACUCAAUCAAAGCAUAUACAGCAGAAGAGUACACAGAAGGAGAUAUGAAUGCAACUCUGGCUUCUGCUCUCAACUUUACUGUAACUGAAGGUACACUUCCAACGGUUCAAAACUCUCAACUUGUGAGAAGAAUAAGAAACAGAAUUGCCGUAGGAGAGUAUCAUGCAGUUUUAAUGCUAGCGAACGGAAAGCUUUAUACCACUGGUGUAAGCCAGCAAUUCAACCUCGGACGAUCAAAUAAUGAUGCAGAGCUUGACUAUACUAAACCUGUGGAAGGACUCGAAAACAGGACUAUAUUACAAUUCCAUUCCAAUGCAAAACACACUUUGGUGCUCACAGAUGAUGGUGUGUACUCAUUUGGAGAUAACGACAAGUGUCAGCUGGGAAACGGUAAAACCAGUGACUCCAAAAAGGCAAUUAAGGUCAUGGGCUUUGCAUGGAAUAAUAUUUCUCAAAUUGCAGCUGGACACACCGCCUCGUAUGCCAUCGACACAAACGGUAAGGUGUGGGCUUGGGGUGACAAUAGUUUUGGACAAUUGGGAGAUCGAACAGGAGGAACAAAAGCAAGACCAUUUCCCAUGUACUACAAUGGUACUUUUUAUGGACAAAAGGCUCUGCGAGUUUGUGGAGGCUAUGAUUACGGUGCUGUUCUUUCAACGGAUGGCAACUUGUUUACUUUUGGUAGCAAUUCACAAGGACAGCUUGGUAUUCCAACUACCACUACCAAAACCAUUGAACCUGUGCGAAUUCCACUUGUCGGCGCUUUGGCAGCCUCUCCAGUAAUUGACAUUGCAUGUGGAUAUCAACAUGUUGUGGCCCUCUUAUCGAAUGGUGAUGUUGUGACUUGGGGACUCAACACGAACUAUCAACUGGGAGACGGAACUACCACAUCCAAAUAUACUCCCCAAAGAUUAGUCUUCCCUUCGUAUUGUAAUGCUUCAACUAUUGCAGCUGGAUGGCAUACAAGUUUUGCCACUUGUGAAAACAAUGCUGUGUUUGUUUGGGGAUGGAACUCGAAUGGAGAAGCCGGAGUUGGUCACAGAAAUGCCAUUACCACACCAAUCAAACAUACCUACGUCUUUGAUGGAAAAGUGUUGGAAAUUGUCUCUAGUCGUUUUCAUUCCUUCAUGAUUUCCUCAGAUGGUAAAUAUCAUGGAUCAGGACUGAACGACGUUGCCAAUGUGUUCUUCCGAGGUAAUACUUUGACAAGUUCGUUCCAAGUCGUUGAUAACUAUCUCAAGCAUGCAAUUCCAUGGCAGCUUCGAAAGAUGCCAUACUUUGAAGCAGCUGAUCGUAUUUACACUCUUAUUGCAGAUGGAAUGGUACCAACACGACCUCAAAACGGCUUCAAUAUGUAUUACAGGAACAGGAAUGAAACCGAAAAAUCUUGGAGAUUGGUUGAAUACAACCCAGAAACAAAUGCUGGAUUUCCAGUCUCAAUUUAUAGUAGCCACUUCCUCAAGCUUGACGAAUAUGUUUACUUUUUUGGAGGUUUCAUUAAUGAUCAUGUUUCUGACAAAAUUUAUCGAGCAUCCUUUGCAGAUGUUGAAACAACUUGGGAGCAACUCAACUAUACCUUACCCUACAAAGUGGCAGGAGGUAUGACUUAUAUUGUGAACGAUUACUUUUAUAUUUUUGGUGGUAUUGUUUCCAUGUACAAUGAAAAUGACGGAAGUUAUAAUGAGAAAACAACAAACACCAUUUUACGAGCUCCUCUCUCUAACAUUUCUGACUGGACGAUUUACAAUAACCGAUUUCUUCCAGCCACACUUCAUAGUGGUCAUGUUGGAGUGGUGUGGCCCCAUUUAUACAUUUUUGGUGGAUGCCAAAACGUUUUCAAGUGUGAUAUGAACAUUUUCAGAGCUCUUCUUGUAGAUGUUGGAACAUGGGAAAUGACCUUUGGUUUGUUGCCACACUUUUAUGGUAACGCUGUACUUGUUGAAACAAACGAUUAUCUGUACUUGUUUGGAGGAUUUGCCGACCCAGAAAAACCCGGAGGUAGAUUCAUUUCCAGAGGCUCCAAGCAAGAUAUUGUUGGUUCCUGGAUGGCUAUUCCUGACUUGAUUCCUGACUUUAUGGCGUCGGCAGGAGCAUUGUCAGGAAAUCACAUUGUGCUGGUGGGUUAUGAUUUUAGGCAGAACCAUCAUUUUGAUGUGGAUAGUGAUCGUAUUGGUGAAACUAUUCAUAUUCAAGGUCAAUAA